UGAAAAUGUACUCCGGUGGAAUUGCCCCUUUGACUGGAGAAAGCCAUUGGCCUACAGUGGACUUCCCUUUGGACCCCCACCUAUUAAAAUUGGGCCUGGCAGACCACGAAAGAAUAGGAUUAAACCUCCCCAUGAGAAUCCAAAGAAACCUGGAAAAUUAACUAGGCAUGGAGUUGAGAUGUCAUGUAGUAUCUGCACAAGUAAGACACACAAUAAGAGAAAGUGUCCUGAAAAAGACAAGGUUGUGGAGCCUCAACCUAAGAGGAGUAGGGGAAGACCAAGAAAACAGGUUCACCCAGAAGUUAACUCAACAAAUCAUCACGCAGCAACAACACAACCAUCAAGGCUUGGCAGUGGAGGAAGAGUUAUUCAUGGCAGAGGGGUGAGCAGGGGUGGAAGAGGAAGAACUUCAGAGGGAAGAGGAAGAGGAAGAGGGCAAGUUCUUGUGGGAUAUGGUGUAGUUGUUGAUAAUGAAGGGCAUACUUGGAUUAAUAGUCCUGGACAGCAUGGAGGGCCAACG